AUGGAUCGAGGGUUCUACAGAAAGGUGGAUGUUCCAGACUACGUGCACUACAUCGUGGCCUUCUUUGUGGCACUCAUCGGGGCUGUGGGUGUCAUCGGGAAUGCACUGGUUAUGUAUGCAUUCUUCUGUAACAAGAAACUACGCUCUCCACCUAACUACUUCAUUGUCAACCUUGCUGUUAGUGACUUCCUCAUGGCCAUCACUCAAUCUCCCAUCUUUUUUGUCAAUAGUUUGUAUAAGGAGUGGAUGUUUGGAAAAACAGGGUGUAAGAUCUAUGCCUUCUGUGGUGCUUUAUUUGGCAUCACUUCCAUGAUUAACCUGGUGGCCAUCUCCAUCGACCGUUACAUAGUAAUCACUAAACCACUGCAGGCAAUCAGGUGGACCUCGAAACGUCGAACACUCAUCAGCAUCCUAUUAGUGUGGAUUUACUCACUGGCCUGGAGUUCAGCACCCUUACUUGGAUGGAGCUCCUAUAUCCCAGAAGGCCUGAUGACUUCUUGCACCUGGGACUAUGUCACGUCAACUCCAGCUAACAAAAGCUACACACUCAUGCUGUGCUGCUUGGUCUUUUUUGUCCCCUUGGGCAUCAUAUCGUACUGCUAUGUCUUCAUGUUUCUAGCUAUUCGUAACACAAGCAGAGAUGUAGAGAGCCUGGGCAUGCAGAUGAGGAAUACCAUACUGGUUCAACAGCAGUCUAUAACAAGAGAGUGGAAACUGGCAAAGGUUGCCUUUGUGGUUAUUGUCGUGUAUGUGCUGUCCUGGUCACCCUAUGCCUUCGUUACUCUCAUCGCAUGGGCAGGGUAUAGCAGCAUCCUGACACCAUAUUCCAAGGCAGUGCCUGCAGUCAUCGCCAAAGCCUCUGCCAUUUAUAAUCCUUUCAUCUACGCCAUCAUCCACUCCAAAUACAGGGACACUCUGGCUGAGAAGGUACCAUGUCUGCACUUCCUGAACAAGCUUCCUCGUAAGCAGUGUAUCUCCGGUUCGAACAGUGAGUUUUUAUUAAGGAAUUCAGUGUUCAUCAGGCAACCAUCAAGGUCACGGACAAAGUUCCACUCAGUGUCUUCAGUGAUCACUGGACACACGGUUUGUAAUGAUGUACUGUUGGAUCCACUGGCCCAGCAGGCUCCAUUGCUCAGGAGUUCGCCAUCAGCUAACCAGCUCAUGGAAAAGGAGUGGACACAUCAACUUCAGCAGGAAAUCUACUUCAAGAAUUACCUUGCUCAAGAGAAGCCAACCGUCUUGGAUGGAGUCUCACUGAGCAUCUGUGACCAAGAUCUGGUGGCUGAGUCAGCAAGCAUGGCCACCAUGCCUCCUCUCAUGAUGAACCCAAGAGAUGAUCACAAGGAAGAUGAUGGAAGGGAAGAACAUUGCAUCCUCUUAACAUCACAAGAGCUGUUUGAAAACCUUCAAAAUAAAACCACAAAACCACAAAGACUUUUAUGA